GUAGAUCAGCGACGCUUCAGACGCCGCAGCGCUCACGCCGGUGAAACCGAAGGUCACCUCACCUCAGCGCCUCUUCAGCUGGAAAACAGAGCCGCUCUGUAACUUUUUAGCAGCACGAUGGACAAUUAUGAUAAUUUCAGCGCGUCGGAGAAAGCCGAGGCGACGGAGCUUCAGCGUAUGAUCGCCAUAGAGCAACAGAAAGCGCAGUUCCAGGCCCAGGUGCACACGUUCACUGAUGUCUGCUGGGACAAGUGUGUGGACAGCCCAGGCUCGAAGCUGGACUACAGGACAGAGACGUGCCUGGUGAGCUGCGUGGAGCGAUUCAUCGACACCACGCUGACCAUCACCAACCGCUUCACGCAGAUGGUGCAGAAGGGGGCUCAUUAACAAUGGACUCGAGAUGCCAUCCGGACUGUUAAAUGAUAGGCUAUUAAUAUUUUGUAUUCCAAAUAUGCUGAUUGAAGAUUAUGUGAAGAGAACAUGCUUUUUUUUUACAGUUAAAAGCUCUGGACUGGUGAUGCUUGAGGAGUCCAAAAUGAGUUAAAUGGUGGCAACUGCAGAGGCAGCAAGACGUACCUGUGUGAGAAAUACUUUAAUGUGACAGUGUAAAGUGACAGUGUGCUCGUCUUUA